AUGGAAGUUCAAAUUCUCUCUGAUCUCCAUUUGGAGACGCCAGCCGCAUAUGACAUAUUCACCGUGAACCCCAAAGCACCCUAUUUGGCGCUGCUCGGAGACACGGGAAAUGUUAGGGACGAUGGAUUCUUCACAUUUAUCCGUGGCCAAUUGCAAAACUUUCAGCUUGUCUUCCUGCUCCUUGGAAACCACGAACCGUUUUACUCCAGCUGGAUGGAAACAAAGGCGAAAUUAGAGCGCUUUCAAAAUGAGAUGGAGCGAGCCUUAAACAAUAAGGAAGUGCAGGGCAAACUUAUCUUCCUCGACCGAGCGCGCUACGAUAUCUCUCCCACUGUCACUGUUCUCGGGUGCACACUCUUUUCGCACAUCACGCCCGAACAGAAGGAGGAUGUGAGUUUCGGAAUGAAUGACUUCUAUUAUAUUAGCGGCUGGUCGGUCGAGGCGCAUCAGGCCGCACACCUGGAAGAUCUAGCAUGGCUGAAUAAAGAAGUCGAAUCUAUCUCGCGCCAGGAUCCGGAGCGGAAGGUCGUCAUAUUCACGCAUUAUUGUCCCACCACAGAUGAGAAAGUGAUAGACCCGACGCAUACGAAUAGCCACAUUUCAUCCGGCUUCAUGACCGACCUGUCGAAGGAAGCAUGCUGGGGCGACACCUGCGUCAAGCUCUGGGCGUUCGGACACACACAUUUCAACUGUGAUUUCUUAGACCACGAAACGGCGAAGAGGGUCGUGUGUAAUCAACGAGGUUACUAUUUUGCGCAAUCAAAGGGGUUUGACGGGGACAAAGUUGUCAAAAUAUGA